GAAUGGUUACUUUAUUUUUUUAAUAAAAAAAAUCUGAUUGGUCAAUUUAUGGUCAUGUGUCAUUAAUUCUAUCUUAAUAAUAUUCAUGUAAAAUUAGGCACGCGAUCAAUUUUUUAUUAUUAUUUUGAUUACAAUUAUCAUUACAAUUAUAGUGUUUAUUUCAUAAUGUCAAUUGAUUUUAAUUUAACAACUUCAAUGGAACCAAUUCGACAAUUAUUUACAAAUAAAUUAUUACAUAAUUCUAUAAAAUAUAAAAAUAUACAAAUAGAAGCAUAUGAAGCAUGUAGUAAAAGUAUACAAAAAAUACAUGAUCAAUAUAAUAUUGAUUUAAAUCAAUUAAAUACAUAUAAUUCAAUAAUAAUCAAUGAAAAAUCAUAUUGGAAAUGGGAAAUAAUAAAUUCAACUAUUGAAUAUAUACCAAAAUUUUAUCAACAAAAUUAUUAUCAAUCUAAUGAAAUUAUAAAUAAACAAUAUUCUAUUCAACAAUCAAUAAUAAUUCCAUUAACUCCAUACAAAAAAUUAAAUCAAAUUGAUAAAUCUCAUAAUAUAAUAGAUAAUCAUGAAAUAUAUAAUAAAAAUCAAUCAAUUUGUAAAUAUUCUAUUUCAUACAAGAAUGAAAUGAAACAUACAACUAUGCCUAAUAAUCAAUCAUGUAAUCUGUUUACACUAUGGCAACCAAAAAUAAAACGUGAAAAUUAUAUUGAUUUAAAUAAUAAUCAAUUAAUAAAUAAAUUAAAAAAUCAUUCAUCAUUUAUAAAUUAUCGAUCUAAAAGUUUAGAUAAUGAUUUAAAUAAUUUCAUACAAUUUAAUCAAUUCAAUCAAUCUAAUAAAAUUAAAAUCAAAAAUCAAUUUUUUUCAUGUAUUGAUCUUAAUCAAAUAAAUAAUAAACAAAUAAAAAAUCAAUAUGAAAUCAUGAAUUCUCUAACGAAAGAAAUGAAUAGAAAACCAAAAAAUGAACAUAUGAUUAAAAAAUCCAAGAAAAAAAUAAUAAAUAAUCAUUUAUUGAUUACAUGAAAUAUAAAAUUGAAUAUUAUGGUUUCUACUACUUAAAUGACAAAAAGUAAGUAAAUAAGUAGUACGUUAAACAUCUUCUUAAAAAAAU